AGUUGUUUUUUUUUUUCUUUUCUUUGCACCCCUCUCUUUAUAUCAUUCAAUUACUAUAGAAUGGCAGCAGCAGCUUCUCGAUCCAAAGUUGUUAAUCUUUUGGGACUUUUACAAGCAGGUGCCAAUAGUUGUCCCUGUCAUUCACACGCUCAUUCUCACUUUACUCCUACUGCCGCUUCUUUUGGCAAUAUGUUGAAAUAUGGUCGUAACUAUGCUAGUGCUCAAGAUAAUAAUACUGACUAUGCUUUUGAAAUGGCUGCUAGUAAUAUUCGUUUUGGUCCUGGUGUUACUGGUGAAAUUGGUCAAGAUCUCAAUAACAUCAAAGCAAAGAAAGUGGCUGUUUAUACUGAUGCAAAUAUUGCCAAGUUACAUCCUCUCAAGGCCGUGAUUCAAUCUUUGGAAAAGAACAAUGUCAAUUAUGUUUUGUACGAUACUGUCCGAGUGGAACCUACUGAUACUAGUUUCAAGAGUGCCAUUGAUUUUGCUCGUACUCAUAGUCCUGAUGCUUUUGUUGCUGUGGGUGGUGGUUCAGUGAUGGAUACAGCUAAGGCAGCUAGUUUGUAUAGUUCUCAUCCUGAAGCUGACUUUUUGGAUUUUGUCAAUGCUCCUAUUGGUAAAGGUUUACCCAUUCGUCGUUCUCUCAAGCCUUUGAUUGCUGUUCCCACUACUGCUGGUACUGGUUCAGAAACAACUGGUACUGCCAUCUUUGAUUAUGAACCUUUGAAAACCAAGACUGGUAUUGCCCAUCGUGCUUUGAAACCCUUGUUAGGUAUAGUUGAUCCUUUGAAUACCCGUUCCAUGCCUUCUCAAGUUCAUGCUUCUUCUGGUUUGGACGUACUGUGUCACUCUUUGGAAUCAUAUACCGCUUUACCUUUCAAUCAACGCUCUCCUCGUCCUAAGGAUCCCAUUGAACGUCCUGCUUAUCAAGGUUCUAACCCCAUCAGUGAUGUCUGGUCUCUUCAUGCCUUGCGUAUGGUUGUCAAGUAUCUUCCUCGUGCUGUCAAGGAUCCUAGUGAUUUUGAAGCUCAAAGUCAAAUGUUGUUAGCUGCUACUUUUGCUGGUAUUGGUUUUGGUAACGCCGGUGUCCAUCUUUGUCAUGGAUUGAGUUAUCCUAUUUCUGGUUUGAACAAGACUUAUAAGCACCCUGGUUACAAUGUUGAUCAUGCCAUCGUGCCUCAUGGUGUCUCAGUUGCAUUGACUGCUCCUUCAGUCUUCCGAUUCACAGCUGCAGCUUGUCCUGAUCGUCAUAUCGAUGCUGCAGCCGCAUUUGGUGCUGAUCCUGCCCACGUCAAGGAAUCCAUGGCUGGUGAAGUAUUGGCUGAAAAGUUGACUCGAUUCUUGGAAGAUUUGGGCGUUCCUAAUGGUUUGGGUGCUCUUGGUUAUGACUCUUCUUAUAUUCCUGCUUUGGUGGAAGGUGCUUUACCUCAACAUCGUGUGACCAAGUUAGCUCCUGCUGGUGAACCUGCUAGUGAACAAUUGGCUUCUAUCUUUGAAAACUCAAUGUCCAAUUAUUAGUUAUAGGAUGAAUCAAUUUAGUGGUAUGGGGGGAUUGAUUUUUUUUUUAUGCAUUCAUUGAAUAAAAGGUUCUAUCUUUUAUUUUUA